UGACCAACAACGAAUAGCCUGGCCGUCUCCGACUUCCCUGCCCUCGCCUCCCCUUCAGAGCUGGAAAAAGCCCAACCAAACAUCUGACAGGGAGGGAAGAGGUGAAGCACCACCGACUUCCCAAGAUGCUGGCACUAAUAAACCGGCUUUUAGACUGGUUCAAGUCUUUAUUUUGGAAGGAAGAGAUGGAGCUGACCCUGGUCGGCCUCCAGUAUUCGGGAAAAACGACGUUCGUCAACGUAAUUGACUCUGACAAAACCCUAAUUGGAGUGAUGGUUGAUGAGAUGAAGAGGCUGCUGAGGAAGCUGAUGUCCAAAUUUGUGCAAAUGGAUGUGAUCAGGAAAGCUGAGGAUAUCCUAGAUGUUGAUUACAGGAACAAGGAGAACUGGCAUGACACAGGCAACAUAGCAGUAUCACAUGAUGCCAGACAAUACAUGGAGCAAGUUGAAGACUAUCUCUGAUGCCACCAAAAAGAGGUUCUUUGACAGUGUAGUUAAUUUUUACACAAGUGUUGUGACCAAAAUGAACUUGAAAAAAAAUGGUUGCAUUUUGUCUUAGCGAUUGUCACGCGCGCGCGCGUCAUCGGGGUUGGCAAACAGAAAUCUCCCUAUUUGCAAUUUCUACAACUUAACAGGUAUGCCCUUUUAUUAUUAUCUUUCUGUUGUUAAUUGGCCGAAUGUACCGUAUUUUCCAGACUAUAAGUCGCAUUUAAAAAAAUUUUAAAAAAUAUUUUGGCCGGGGUGCGACAUAUACUCUGGAGUGACUUAUGUGUGUUUUUAUGAACACUUAUUACCAGUAUAUGAUUUCAUGAUGACAUAAUUUUCACACUACUGUAAACAGUCCACAAGAGGGCGCUCUAGGCUUGUGUUGAUAAUUUCAGCAUUGCUGGUAACUUUUAAAAACAAGAAGAAGGGUUUAACAAAAAUGGCACCGAAAAGGAAAUCCUACUCUGCAGAGUACAAGCUACAAGUAAUAAAGUAUGCAGCCGAAAACGGCAAUAGAGAUGCAGAAAGAAAGUUUGGAGUUAAUGAGAAACUUGUAAGGGACUGGCAAAAAGCGGGGAAACUGACUGAAGACUGACUAAAAUGAAGAAAACAAACAAACAAAAAAAAAGCCAAUUGUGGGCUAAAAGCUAGGUGGCCACAGCUACAGGAACAAGUUCAAACAUGGGUGCUUGAACGACGUGCUGCCGGGAGAGGCUUGUCAACAGUGCAGUUGCGUCUCCAAGCCAAAGUAUUUGCCAAGGAGAUGAAUAUAAAUUACUUUGCAGGAGGACCUUCUUUGUGUUAUCGCUUCAUGCAAGGCAAUCGCAAUUUUCAUUUUAAAUUGAUUAGUCAUUUAAAUUUCAAGUAACAUGCCUGUUCUUGAUGUUGGAGCAAUAAUAUAAAAACGAAA